AUGCCCAACUAUGUGAAGUUUUUAAAGGAUAUUUUAACUAAGAAGAGGAGGCUUGGUGAAUUUGAAACGGUGGCCUUGACUGAAGGUUGUAGUGCUAUGUUGAAGAAUAAAAUUCCUCCUAAAUUGAAAGAUCCGAGUAGCUUCACAAUUCAUUGUUCUAUUGGUGGUAGAGACGUUGGUAAAGCACUUUGUGACUUGGGGGCUAGUAUCAAUUUGAUGCCCGUGUCAAUGUCCAAGAUGUUGGGGAUUGGAGAAGCAAGACCAACCACAAUCACUUUACAAUUAGCAGAUUGUUCUAUGGUGCAUCUGGAGGGAAAAAUUGAAGACGUCCUAGUACAAGUUGACAAGUUCAUUUUUUCGGCGGAUUUCAUUAUUCUUGACUAUGAGGAAGAUAGGGAUGUACCAAUCAUUUUGGGGAGACCAUUUCUUGCCACCAAGAGGACAUUGAUAGAUGUUGAAAAAGGAGAGCUCACCAUUUGA